GCCAAAAAGAUCACAGCAAAAGAGCAAAAAGAAAAAGAAAAAGCAAAACCCAAUGGAGGUUCAUGGGAAGCAGCAGGCCUCAGGCACCAAGGUGGUCUUGGCAGCCAUGGGAGGCUUGGCAAUUGGAGGGUCGCUUGUGUUCUUGAUGGGGUUCAGUUUCUUGGCCUCAGUGACGCUUAUGGUUUUGAGCUCACCACUUCUGUUGAUCUUCAGCCCUCUGCUGUUUUUUUCUGGGUUUGUGUUUGUGGGAGCAGUGGUUGGGUUUGCUGUGGCUGGAGCCAUGGCCCUCACAGGCAUGUCUACUUUGGGGUGGAUUUUUCAGGAGCUUGGAGGCACAAGUCUUUUGGGAUUUGGUGGUGGUGUGGCCGAGAGAUUGAAGGAACAAGGAAAAGAUUGGGCUGGGUUCUUGCAGCAUGGGAAAGAGCAAGACGUCAUGAUCACUAGUAGAGGCUAGAACUUAUUAGUUGUGUAGAUAGCUGUGUGUUGGUUUUCUUUGUCCCUGUAAAAGUUGCUCCAAAUUCAAUAAGAUAUAUUCUCAGUGUCUAGUAAAAAUAAAUGGAAUGAUUAACAAUUUUCAUGGGAUGAUUGGAAAUGAACACCCACAAACCUGAAAAAGGAAGGGAAAAAUGCCCUGUACUACAUAGAAUAUGGCCAAUUAUAAGAUGGUUCGAGAUGUCUGUAAUAUCCUCUAAUUUCUAGACAUUAUCCUCUAAUUUCUAGACAUGAA